AACAAAAGGUUAAGCUACUCAUUUGGAGCUUCAAAUUUACCCCAAACAUUGCGUGCGAACUAUAGAAAUACUAAAAUUGGAGCAUAGCGUUGGUACGAUGGGUCUUUUGGUAAAUUAACACAUCCAUGAAUCAUGAUGGGGAUGAAUUUUCAGCCGUCUAUUUAUAUUCUGGUGAAAGAUAACAUAACCAGAAGCGUGCAAUCAAGAACGCGCAUGGAUUUUGCAUCUGCUUUAUCUCAAAAGCCAGCUAACAAUUUCCAUUUUCCUCAAAGCCGAAGAGAGUUAACUUCAAGGCUCGUUUGUAGAAUCGGGUAUGGCAUCCUCGUGGUGCCUAGACGAAUGUCCUUCUCACCCAGCUACUAUAAGAAAAAGAGGAAAAAAAACACACAUACAUUGGUUAAGGCAAGUCGAAAAGAGUCUCCUUAUGAAGUUUUAGGGGUGUCGUCAUCAGCAACGGCAGACGAAAUCAAAAGGGCCUAUCGCAAACUUGCUCUUAAGUAUCAUCCUGAUGUUAACAAAGAGCACAAUGCUCAAGAAAAGUUUAUGAGGAUUAAGCAUGCAUACAACACACUUUUGAACUCCAAAACCAGGAAGAGAUAUGAUUCAAGAAGUGACACCUCAAGUUCUUCAUAUUAUAGUGGAGCAGAACAAAAUAGAAGUGCUGCAGAUGAAGAAGAUUUUUAUAGCUUUGGUAGCUUUUUCAAGGAUGCUCAAAUAACCAUAGCGGACUUCUUUAAGGAUUUCCAAGAAGAAUUUCGGAAUUGGGAGGCAAAUGUUGCUUCCACGGGAAAACCAAAGAGUUUGUGGGAAGAAAUGGCGGAAAUUGGAGAAGAAUUUGUUGAGUUUUUAGAGAAGGAGCUUAAUAUAACCGAUUCAGAGGUAGAAGACGAAAGCAACGAGAGACCCCAGAAGGGCAAUGCACAAUCUGGAACUAGUAAUGAAAAACAAAAGAGAACAGAUAAAGGUAACAGUAUUGAAGAAAAUAUUGAUGAGAUUGAGGCAGCCCUUGCCCAAUUGAAAAAGGAAUUAGGACUUUGAUGGGAUUGAAUUGCUACUUCUUGCAGAGAAGAGCAAUGAAAUAUUGAACAUCUUUUUGGUUGUGUCUGGCUGCAAUUAAAAGGGUUCACCUACUUUAAAUAUGUACCAACUGAAAAUUAAAAAGGGUUUGCUUUCUUUUCUUUGAACACCUGCUGUGAUUGACAUUGUUUAUAGUAACCAUGGGGAACUGGCUGCUGCAUCCUUUGAUGUCUUAGAAAUAGCUAGUAUGAAAAUGAUUUUUUUAUGAUGUAUACAUUUGUUGUGUAAUUGAUGAUCGGACGAACACAAUGAUUUUGUUAUUUCACUUGUGGAGUUUAAUAGCAAACAGGGAGAUACUUCACACUUUCCCGUA